UUAAGAUCUCUUUCGUUUUCAAAACUUCGUCGUGCAAUAAUCUUCCCGGGAUAAUCUACAGUGAGUUGAAUACAACUUUAAUCGCUACUUUAUCACCGCUCUCAUAAAAGUUUAAAGACUUCUUUUCGCGCAUCUCUAUUCAAAAACUUGGAUUAUCUCGCUUCUGUUUAGGCUGUGAAGUUUCCACAGGCGCCUCUCCAGUCAUUUUAUCAUAAAAAAACUAUAUAAAGUAAAAAUCAACUUCUACUGUGGUGUUACCUCAAGAAUUUGAAAUACGUUUCAAAAUUCCAGCGUGUGAAUUAGCACCUGCACCUGCAGUUUUAGGAUGAAAGUUAUUCUCCGAAACUCACCAAAAAGUAUUCAUAGAGAACGCAAUUUCUGGAGAUACGUUAACAUAAAAAGUAAAAUUGUAUGGAUGUUCAUGUGGUUUAUGGCGUGCCUAGGACAAAGUAAUUCCAAUGAUUUCUCGUUUCCAAAUUUAGCGAAGUUGCGAUUCAGAAGCAGAGCGACAAUGGGGUUUUACAUGGCAGUUGUAAUUCCAGUCGAUUUGCCACCCACAAAUACUUACUCUGGCUUCUUCAUUGAUGCUGUCCAUAGAUUACCACCCAACCAAAGCUCCUUCGAAUAUCCACCACUUAUGGGACGAGGACUAGAGAGAAAAUUGUUCUAUAGUUUUCUAGAAAACAAUUUCAAAUCACGUGGUUUUCCGGGAAAGUUCUGCCUAUUACGAGCCAUAUGUGAAGUUUCUAUGCAUUCUGUACAUGAAGCAAGUGGAGUGUUAGGAAAUAUUUUCCAUAUAAUUCUCACGCCAUCAAAUUCUAAAAACUUAGAACUACCAUCAGAAUAUGAGAAGGCGGAACUAUUGGGAAAAACGGGUAACUGUUCAGCAUAUAAUAACAACUGUAUUAUAAGUGCUGUAGAUUUAAUCAGCACUUUCAUAAAUGACUAAU